UACUCCGGCGAGAAUGUCGGUUGCAACUCGCGUCCUGCUGUUGGUACUUAUACUCAUUCUCCUCCUAAGCUCGCUCUUCGUCUCCGGCGUCGGAGCUGAUAGCGCAGCUGCACCAGCAGCUCUUCCGCCGUCGUCGUAUUCGCCGUUCCAGGGACCGAUUCACACUUAUCCGCCGACGCUGUUUGCUACAAUACUCGCCAAACUUGGAUUCCAGGAGCUCUCCACCGCCACCGCCUCGGCAAAUCUCUCUGCCACCACUCCUCUCACCAUUUUUGCCCCCACUGACUCUUCGCUGCUUACUUGUGCUUCAUGUUCCAUUCCUCUCCUCAUCCAGGAGCUCUCUCUCCCAGGACUUUACCCCUACCAUUUCCUCGAGUCGCUAAGUUUUGGAACUAAAAUCGAAACGUUAGCUCCUAACCGGUGUCUUACCAUUACGUCAAAUGGAAAGGAUAAGGUCUUCGUCAAUGGCGUGGAAGUAACUAGUCCGGAUCUGUUCAACAAUGGAAUGGUGGUAAUCCACGGUCUCCAAGGUUACGUCUCUCAUUUAUCACCGCUCUCUUGUCAUGUUGAAAUGAUGACGUCUCUGUCUUUUCCUUCGCCGUCUCUCUCCGCCGCUGCAACCUCUCCUUCACUGUAUAUCAUGCGUUUGAUGUUGAAGGACGCCAUAGUUCGGCUCCGCUCUACUGGAUUUAAUAUCGUUUCACUUGCUCUCCGUGUGAAGUAUCAUGAGCUCGUAGAGUUAAAAUCUAUCACAAUCUUCGCACUGGAUGAUGUCGCGAUAUUCUCCGGGGAAGGACAUGCGUAUCUGUCAAAUUUCAGGUAUCAUGUGGUGCCAAACAAGCGGCUUACCGCUGCUGAGCUCGUGACUUUACCAGCUACGACUCUGUUGCCUACUAUGGAAGCAGGGAAUUAUCUGGUGGUGACUACUGCUGGUGGCGGAGGACAUCUAGCCCCAAUGAAGAUCAAUUACGUGAAGGUAACAACUAUUGAUCUUCUGCACAACAGUAGGAUUGUGGUCCACGGAAUAUCAUCUCCAUUUCCACAUAUGCUGCGUCACCACCCCUUCGAGGAGAACGAUAGUAGUGCUUCAACAGAUAUGCAACACUCAAAAUGCGAUCAGUUCGACUGGAAUCGCGGAAUCUGUGUCGUUGAAGAUGGUGUACCAACUGAAAUGCCGGUGGAGGAUCACCGUGGACUCUGAGAUACGCGCGCAGGUUAGUAGCACCCCUACCUACUUUUUGAGAGUAGCGUCAAAACUGUGAUGGAUUACUACGUGAUAACUUGCUACUUUUUAAUCAUUUGCCAAUUUUACAACAAUAAAAAUAGUCAAAUCUGUCUCAUUUCUCUAUUCGUUUUUCAGUUUGGUACGCAUUUCCAUUGUUAGUCUUGCAUGUUUCAAUAGUUCGUAACUACGGAUCUCCAAGUAUGAUUGUAAUACAAUUUUAU